CCAAAUCCAAUCUACACUGGAGCAUUUGGUGCCGGCUUGUUUCAUACACUUUUUUUAUACUUUUAUUUAUUAAUGCCCAAUUUGACCAACUAUGUGUGGCUGAUGGUUUUCACACCAAUAUUUGCUGUUGUGCUCAUUGGACUGCUUGGUAUGGUUCUCUUUAUGGAUCCAGGAACUGUGAAGGAGUCUGUUAUCAACGUGGAAACUGGUCGGCCCAAGACACUGUAUGACAUUGUUACAGCAGUCCCACCAGGGAAGCAAAAUGAAUACUGCAUUGACUGUGAGAUUGCCUGCCCCGCAUGGACAAAGCACUGUAAAUUGUGUGAUCAUUGCUACAAGGACAUGGAUCACCAUUGCCUAUUUUUACUCAAGUGUAUUGCAGAGAAUAACCAUGUCUACUUUGUAUGGUUCAUUAUGGCUUGUGUCGUCUCCAUGGUUACAUUUGUGUUGUCUGUCAGAUGUUACUGCCAACUACUGUACAGCCUUGCACUGGGAGAAACCCUUCUGCUAUUGUUUCACACUGAUGGCUGGCUCUUUUCUCUGACCAUUCUGAACUCCAUAUCGGUCUUCUGGGGAGUGCAGCUCCUGUACUUCCAGUUGAACAUUAUUUCUAAAGGAUACACCACGUACUUCCAGCCACGUGACAAUAUUGACAUACUUACAGCAAGCGAGAAGUUCAUGAAUGUAUUGUGUUUUUUGUUGAAGAGAAAAUCAUACAUUGAAAAUCCCAUGUUAAAACAAGAACAACAACUUUAUUACAAUGUAUAAGAAACCAGCAUCGAGCCACUUGAAAGUGGAUCACAUGACUUCUGCUCCAUGCAUCUGGCUAUGUUAAGUUCUGUUCAAAUUUAAACUUAUUUUAUGGUCUAAUGUAUUGUCAUAUUACAUGUAUAAACAAUUAUGUCUGUGAUAAAAUCAAUACUUUGACAGAAAUGUUGAAAACUUUUCAUCAAAAUAUUAAAACAAUCAUGAGUUGUGUCAGUUCAGAUGAAGAAAAAUUGAAAACAUUUCAUCUUUUAGAAAAAUGUGUCUGGUAAGUGCAUCUUUGAAAGGUCUCACUUAAAACUAAAAUUGGUUUUACUUGUUUUCACUAAAUGUACUUCAUUUUUAUCUCACAUUAAUUAAAUAAAAGAAGUUGGCACUUGUUUUGAGCUGCACCAGUUGAAGAUAGCCGUGUUUAGUGUAAAUAACAACUCGUGGACCGAUUGGCACCUCUCUAAUGCAAUACUUUAAUUAUUAUUUUUUCUAAUAUCUUACAUUACAUUUAUAACAAUGCUUUUGUUGUGGGUUUUCUUUUGUUUAUAUAUAAAAUUUAACAAACAUUGUGGUGGUGUACGUUACCAGUUAGGCCUAAUAAUACAUCAAAUAAUUAUUGUGCCAGUAUGUGAGUUGCAUUGUGUACUUGCACACAUUAAUUUCAUGAUUUGCAGGGUAAAUGUAACACAAAUUUAAACAUUUAAGUAAUUAAUGUCAAAGAUGUACAUCAUUCUGAGCCAGUUUUGCAAUGGUCAUCCAUGUCAAGUGUCUGAAAUAAUGCAGGGUAUUACUUGUUCCUCAUACUCUCUAUCAUUAACUCAGACAUUACUGUAUUUCUGCUUUUUAGCACGAUUCAUGUUUACUGCGAGAAAGGUCUUAGCUAAUUAUAAAUUUUGUCAAUUAAAACAAACUGGGUUUAUAAUAUUCACUUUGAGUACGUGUUGUGGAGAGAUUGUAAAAUGAUAUUUACAGUACAAGAAGUAGGCAGGAAGUACCCUUUCAGUUUAGAGGCUUUUUGAGCAUUACAGAACUUUGGUUCUUAAUAACUUCUCUUUUCAGGGUUGGACAAAUCUAAAUCUGUUUCUGAUUUAAUUUAUACACCUAUUUUGUUUUGGUGAAAAAUGUGGGGGCAGGUGGGGGUGUUCAGAAUGAAUUGGUAGGCAAGUGAGAAAUGUGGGGGCAGGUGGGGGUGUUCAGAAUGAAUUGGUAGGCAAGUGAGAAAUGCCCAUAUUUUCAUAGUCUUGAUAGUCUGUUGGAGUCUGCUUAACUCAUUCUCUUCCCACUGGUAUGGCCGGUUAAUACCUUGUUUGAUCUUAUACUUAAUCACAAUAAUUGAUCUUGCAAUGAUAUUUGUUGGUAAAUCUUGUGGAAGUUAGUUACAGUUAGAUUAAUCAGAGUCAUGUUUUUAUGUGAAGCCACAAGACAUCGGAUACAAACAUAAUUAUAACUACCCAGUUUUGACUCACUUGACGAGUGCAUGAAUAGUCCGUUUCAUAAAUAAACACUUAUACAGGAAUUUGCAUUGUCACACCCAUUAAAUCAGAGCCAUAUACACUAACUGCAUCUAAGCAUAUAUCCUGGCAGUAUAUACCAACUAUUCUUUGGUGCAAUUACACAAAGUAAAUCCAGUAAAAAUGUAUGUGCAAACGAAAGUAACAUCUAUACUAAGUAAUCUGUAAAUUUUAAUCUGACAUAUGAAAGAUUUACACGAAGAGUCCAUUGGCAAAAAGUAACAAUUUAAGUGCUGUUUGGUGAACUUGUGAAUCUGCCACUAUCCUAUUUUAUGAACAGCCUGGUUCAUUUGUGUAUCUGAAAUGAGUAAAUAGAUGUUAAAGUAUUAAUUGUCCCAGAUUUAAAGUGACGGACCCUAGUUUUUUAACACCAUAUAAUAUUUUUCACUAUUAAAGCCAUUUUUGAUAAUUGAAAGCAGACAUUACUUAAUUUUUCUUCUUUGGAUUAUCCAUUUCUGUACAUCCAAAGUGUUUCUGGUCAUCUUGGUGUUUCUAAUACAACAAAAUGUCUGUGGGAGGUGUUCAUAUUUUUUUUAACACCUCCAUCUGAGAAUUAAUGAUUAAGAAGACAAGCUCUAAGCUAUUUUUAACACAGCAGACCCUUGUUUCACUCAGUUAUCCAUAUGCAUUACAGGUUUGUAGAUAAGCCCAACUUAAUGUGCCUUUUUAUAUGUUGAAACUAGAGCCUGCAACUUUAAAAUGUUCAAUUACUUAAGGAAAUAAUUAGCAAACUCCAUAGCUAAGAAAAUAGUUUGCAAAUCUUAAAGGGCCAAAAUACGAUAAUUAACAAAGAGCUAUAUUCUGUAUAUAUUAGUAAUAUCCUAGCUUCAAUCAAAAUAUGCAGUGUGCUUAAUUGUAUCCAGUCAUUUAAAACAUUUUUAGAAUGCUUAAAAUUGUAACAUAAUUGUUCUUAUAACUGAUGCAUGACUGAGGUCUUCAAAUGUAUUUCAUUUCAACUUAUUUUCAUGUUUAUAUCCAUUAAAUGGUUCACAUUCUCUGACCUUGGUGGUCAGUAGGAGUGACGUCAGCCUCAAGUUUGAUUGUUUAACCACUACACCACUGAGGUUGGUGUCACAUGUGUAUGUUAUAUGUACUCUGCUAUGUGUUUUCUACUUAAUUCAUUUGGUGUGUAAUUUGUGCCUCUAUGAUAAAUUACCACACAUUUUAUAAAACAUAAAUAUUGCAAAUAUUUCUUAUAUACAUGUAUUUGUACUAUUUGUAAAUCAAAAUCAAAAUAAAACUAUUACAUUAAAGA